CUCGCUCGUCCGUGAUCAAUCCUCCUCCCGCCCAUCUUGCCCAUCUUUGGCGUACUAGCUGCUUGACACAGGCUCUUUUCGCUCAAAUCCCGUAUGAAUUAUUGUGUACCGUAGAUCAUUCGUUGAGGUUCUACAGCGUGUGCGACUGGCGAGAUAGCGCUCAGCCGGGCUUGGCUUCAUUUUCGGAGUAACGCCCACACCCUUGACGUUUUGCUGCCAUACUCAUGGAAGGACUCUGCAAUUUCUACGCAGACCACGGAGUACGGUACACAUCACAUGCCUUCAAUUCCAGCUGUCAAGAUUUCGAGGUGACUGACGCACUUAUCGGUGCUGAGACAACGCGGAUUCCUGUAGAGACAACGCGCCUGCUCAGCUCAAACGUCGACAAUUGGUUACGCGCCCAAGAACGUUCUAGCGGGCUGCAUUUGGUAUGGGUUCCUCUAUUAAAAGAUACAAUACCCUGGCGCUACGAUAUUCGCGAGUCCAAUUUCGAUGCUAUAUCAAAGCAUUUCCAUGUUGAGAAGGCUCUUCGUUAUGGAUCCACUGCAGCAGCUGGCUUUGCGAAUUUCCAAACCGGAAAUGUAAAAAGUUAUUCUGCCUUCCUGUCUGACCUCCUGGUAUUUGCCUGGUCCUUUGACACUAGCACUGGUGCUACUAGAGGGAUUUGUCUGGGAGAUCCGUGGAUAAUAUCAACAGCGCAAAACUUGCUACAAUAUCAGUCGGCACUUAUCGGUCAUCCGAUGGCUGUGGGGUACAUGUUUAUCAUCAUACUUGGCACUCUAAUGGAUAGAGACUUACUGCGCGAGAAUCGAAAUAUUGCAGAAGUCGAAAACCGCACUGGGUAUCAUGGUUGGAAGAAAUCGUUCGUUGGAGUCGCCAAGGGUGAAUAUGCCACGCUUUCUGCUCGAAUUAGUGGUUGUGCAACGUCACUGGCAGGCCAGGAGCGAAUAGCAAAGGUAUCACAAGAAGCACUGGCAUUUGUCUCGACCAUGUCAUCCGAGCACCAUAUGCAAGGGUAUUCUCAAUUUCUCCAGGAAAGAAUAUCGCUAUCGGCAAAGACUAGGAAAGAGUUGGAUACAAUACUUGGGACGAGACUAGACGUACAGGAGUCACAAUUAAAGUUUCUGAACCAACGUAGUCAGAUUCAGCUUACCGCAGUACGACACCUUUCACCGAAAGACUUCCUCUAUCCCUUGCAGAAUCUCAAUUUGCCUCAAAGUUUCGGGAGAUUCUCAACUAUCUAUAUGCAAUUUCUGACAAAGUACUAGCUCUUCAAUUUGAUUGCUCAAAAAGACGCAAAGCUCAACAUCGCAAUCGCCAAAGACUCAAGAACGCUUGCAUCAGCAAGCAAGCGAGAUUCAUCCUCUAUGAAGACUCUGGCCGCUGUCACUGUCGCAUUCCUGCCAGCUACCUUUGUGGCUUCAUUGUUCGCCAUGCCUCUACUCAACUGGAAUGCAAGUCAAGGCUCGCCGAUAGUAAACGGCCGGUUUUGGAUCUAUUGGGCUGUGACCGCACCGUUGACUAUCACGACACUCGUCAUCUGGCUAACAUGGACUCAUCGUCAGUCGUUGCUUCAUCGAGCUCAGGAUAGCAUAGAUAGGGACCGACUCGUCGAUGAAAUGAGUACAGGCACAGAGCCCACUCUCGAUAGGCAUUAACAGAAUAUUAAGAAGUGAGCUUUGCGCCAGGACUUGACUGGCUCUGUCCAUAUUAUCCUACCUUAGAGCUAUACACGACUCACAAGUUCUCCGUCACGAAGCCCUUGAAUACCACGUCGUUGACUAUCAUAUCUUGGGAAUAAAAAACUGAGCGACUGAGGCAAAUCAUUUAAAGGCCACUUGACGGAUUUCCAUAGAACAACGCGAAAAUUGUGUGCAAAUCGUCGUAUCAAACCCCAUGGCAGACUAUGCUUAUUUGACAAUUUGCCAAUGUCCUUUCAGAACAUCUUCGGCUCAAUCUCUAAAGAGAAGGGGAACCAUUCGUUCCCUUUCCUCCUUCGUGAAAUCUACACCACGGAAUUAAGACUGG